AUGUUAUCUUUAGUAUCUCAAUUUGAUCGAAGAUGGCAAGAAAUUAGACGAAGUUGUUCCCCACCACCAUCUUAUGAGGAAACAAUAUCGUCACUAAGUCAAGAGUCAUCAUUCUCUAGUCGAAGAAGCCAAUCCACUUCUCCUGUAAGGUCAUCUUUUUGUGAAGAAGAUAAUAAUGGGCUUUCCGUUGUUCUUUGGG